AUGAUGCCGGGACAGAUUCCUGACCCUUCACUUGCAGCGGGCUCCCUGCCCAGCCUCGGCCCGCUGGCGGGCAUCUCGGCCACCACGCUCACUGAUCAGCUCAAGUUAGCCGACUUCCGCCAGCUGGGCACCAUGUUGUCUCCUCUGCAUUUUCUGGGGAGGUUGGGGAAGAGGCCGCUGGCCAUCAAGACUGAGAUGGACGAAGAUGAAGAAAGGAGGAAACGAAGGCGAGAGAAAAACAAGGUAGCAGCGGCGCGAUGCCGAAACAAAAAGAAGGAACGGACUGACUUCCUUCAAAGGGAAUCAGAGCGUCUAGAGAUGGUCAACUCAGAGCUUAAGGCCCAGAUCGAGGAGCUACGUCUGGAGAGGCAGCAGCUGAUGGUGAUGCUCAACCUCCACCGGCCCACCUGCAUCGUGAGGACUGAUAGCGUCAAAACCCCCGAGAGCGAGGCCAACCCUCUGCUGGAGCAGCUGUCCGCUGACACCAAGUGAAACCAGGAAGCCGGGGUCAUGGAUUCCCUGAUGCCCAACCUAGCACCACUGUGGCUGCCCAAUAAAAUGAAAACAGAACUGGCAAUAAAUUUCAAAAGAAGCACUUGAGCUCCAAACUGGAGACUUUUGGAGGCUUCGCCCAAAGACCUGGGGUUAAAGGGCUUCCUCCGAACUGCUGCCUGAGCUGGCUCUGUCCAUUGGAAGACUGGAAAUGCCCUGUUUCAUCUCUGCAUUACGUGUUGUUGUUGACACCCACUGUGCCUAGUUGUUACUUCAACCACCUCGACAUAAAGGGACCAAUGGAAACAGUAGAGUACAACUGGAAGGAUCGCUGAGGAAACACACUAAUGUCAGUAUGGUGCUCUGCCCUGGUGCUGUGUGGCAUAGUCUGAGCGCAGAGGGCCAUGAGGCUUACUGUUCUGCAGUUUUCCUUUGUAUGCUAGCCAAAAUAUACAGGAGUAGACCUUUUUUAGAAUACAGUACUCAGUACAAGUACAACAGACGAAGUAGAGUUUUUUUUCUUGUUUAUAUCUAUACUCUGCCUUGACGAUGGCAGUAACCGGUUGAUCCGAUUUGUGGUGACGCUGGCGUCAUGAGAAGCACAUAUACACAAAAUGUUUACACAUUUGUUGUUUUGGACUUGUUGUCUGUCCAUUAUUGUACUUGUUUUAUACUGCUUUGUAUACAUAAACAUAUAGGAAUCGCUUGUUAAUCACUUGAUGUGAUUUAUCUUUCGAACCUUUCCAGCGUGUCUCUGUCAUGUUGCGCUGUCAAACAGCUGUGAAAACAAGCAGAAACUUUGCAGCUGAGCAGUAUUUCCGUGUCUGUUCUGGACGUGUAUCUGCUAUGUAUGACUGUGUUACCCGCAUAGAUUAAAAUUUAUUUUCUAACUACAGGAA